AUGUGCGCAUGCCCAGAUGUCCAGACUGACAUGAUGUCUGACAUGAUGUGUGUAGAAGAGAGGAAACCAUAUCAGUGCUCACAGUGUGGAAAGAGGUUCAGGUUCCAGUGUCAUCUCAAAAUACACCAGCGCAUUCACACAGGAGAGAAACCAUAUCAGUGCUCACAGUGUGAAAAGAGUUUUAUUACACAGGGUGAUCUUAAAAAACACCAGCGCAUUCACACUGCAGAGCAACCGUAUCAGUGCUCACAAUGUGGGAAGAGUUUUCUUAGACAGAGUGAGCUCAAAAUACACCAGCGCAUUCACACUGGAGAGAAACCAUAUCAGUGCUCACAGUGUGGGAAACGUUUUAAUAGACAGAGUGAUCUAAAAAAACACCAGCGCAUUCACACUGGCGAAAAACCAUAUCAGUGCUCACAGUGUGGGAAGCGUUUUAAUACACAGAGUAAGCUCAAAACACACCAGCGCAUUCACACUGGAGAGAAACCAUAUCAGUGCUCACAAUGUGGAAAGAGUUUUAAUACAAAGUGUGAGCUCAAAAUACACCAGCGCAUUCACACUGGAGAGAAACCGUAUCAGUGCUCACUCUGUGGGAAAAGUUUUAAUCAACAGACUCAUUUCAAAACACACCAGCACAUUCACAGUGGAGAGAAACCAUAUCAGUGCUCACAGUGUGGGAGGGGUUUUAAUACAAAGAGUGAUUUGAAAAAACACCAGCACAUUCACUCUGGAGAGAAACCAUAUCAGUGUUCACAGUGUGGAAAGAGUUUUAAUCAACAGAGUAAUCUCAAAAGACACCAGCACAUUCACACUGGAGAGAAAACGUUUCAGUGCUCACAGUGUGGUAAGGGUUUUAUUACAAAGAGUGAUCUCAUAACCCACCAGCGCAUUCACACUGGAGAGAAACCGUAUCAGUGUUCACAGUGUGGAAAGAGUUUUAAUACAAAGAGUGUGGUUAAAAUACACCAGCGCAUUCACACUGGAGAGAAACCAUAUCAGUGCUCACAGUGUGGGAAGAGUUUUAAUCAAAAGAGUCAUAUCAAAAUCCACCAGCGCAUUCACACUGGAGAGAAACCGUAUCAGUGCUCACAAUGUGAAAAGAGUUUUACUAGACAGAGUGAGCUCAAAAUCCACCAGCGCAUUCACAGUGGAGAGAAACCGUAUCAGUGCUCACAAUGUGGGAAGAGCUUUAAUACAAAGAGUGCUCUUAAAAGACACCAGGGCAUUCACACUGGAGAGAAACAUUAGCUGCAUCCAGAGUUGCAUACUAACAGAGUCUGUACUAGAUUGGAGGAAGUACGCAGCGCUUUCAGUACAGAAGUGUGCAGUAUGCACACAACACUAGGGGUGGGCAAUAUGGCCUUUAAAAAAUAUCACUCGCGAUACAAAAGAACACUUUUGUUUUGCAGACACUCAGGAA